AUGAACAGCGCAAAGUACGCUAAAGACAUCAUCCAAGACAGAGUCAGUCUUUACAGCACAUCGUCGAAUGUGCCCAUCGCUUCGGUGAAGCCUCUCAGAAGAAAGUUUCCUCCUAACCAGCCCAUCCCAGAAGCGCAAAACUACUCGAGGUCCCAGAGCAUCCUCGAAUGUACACCCCUAAAGACAGAUGGAAAAGGAAAUUUUGUGGAUGAACAGGGCAGAAAAACCACGCUAAGAGGCAUCAACGUGGAUGGUGCCAUGAAGUUGCCCAUUAACAUCCCCUCAUACAUAGGAGAUGGAAGCAACCCAGACUCUUUCUUCUUCGACGGAGAAAACGUAACCUUCGUUGGUCGUCCCUUUCCUCUCGAAGAGGCAAGCCUGCAUUUCCAAAGAAUCAAGUCCUGGGGCUAUAACACCAUCAGAUAUUUGUUGACGUGGGAAGCCAUAGAGCAUGGAGGACCAGGAGUGUACGACCACGAGUAUAUUGAUUAUACUGUGAAGAUUCUUAAAAUACUUCAUGAAGUAGGAGGACUCUAUGUAUUGCUUGAGUUCCACCAGGACGUGUGGUCUCGUUUCUCAGGUGGAAGUGGGGCUCCUAUGUGGACUCUCUAUGCUGCUGGCUUCCAACCUCAAAGAUUCACAGAAACAGAGGCUUGUAUCUUGCACAACGAGUCGAGAUUCCACGAUGACGAUGACCCGGAACACUACCACAAGAUGCUCUGGACGUCCAACUACAAACGUUUGGUGGCUUUCACUAUGUUCACCCUCUUCUUUGGAGGCAGAAAUUACUUUCCAGACUUAAUUAUCAACGGCCAGAACAUUCAGGACUUGUUACAGAAUCACUACUUCAAUUCGGUAAGACUUAUCUGGAAGACAAUCAAUAAUAAAUUGCCAGACAUGAUCAAGGACGGAACAAUUCUCGGGUUUGAACUGAUGAAUGAACCAAAUGCUGGUUUAUUCGGCCACGAGAACCUUGGUCUCAUUCCAGGAAACCAGCAGUUGAGAGUUGGAACAACACCAACAGUGUUCCAAGCUUUGAAAUUGGGAAUGGGGUUUGCUUGUGAAGUCGAUGAGUACAGGAUCACUAUUGCAGGACCUCAGAAGUUCUCCACAAGAGUUAUAGAUCCCAAGGGAGCUCGUGCCUGGCUCACUGUAGAAGAAGCAGCGGAAAUAGACACCAAGUACAAGUGGAAAAGAGGUGAAAAAUGGAAGCUUGGUGAAUGCAUUUAUGCUCUGGAGGGCAUUUGGAAGUGGAACGAAAACAUUGACUUUGACAACUUUCCAUUCUUAAUCGAGGACCAACGUGUAGCUCUUACUCAGACUGAAUGUCAAUUACUUGACGAGCAUUAUUUUAACAGAGUUGACGAACGUCACAACUUCACGACAUACCAUGGUGUUGUUCCCGAUAAAAUUGACAUCGACUACUUCAUCAACAAUAACUUCAUAGACUUUUACUUGAGAUUCAAGAAGGUAAUCCGUGACAUAUGUCCUACAGCUAUUCUUUUCAUACAGCCACCAACACUUGAGCUACCACCUGAUAUUAAGAACGAUUCUCGUGGCAUUAUAGAUGAUAGAACCGUUUACUGCCCUCACUACUACGAUGGGAUGUCGCUUAUGUUUAAGAGCUGGAACACUAAGUAUAAUGUGGACACUUUGGGAAUCAUGCGUGGUCGUUACUUGAAUCCGGUAUUAGGUAUUGUUUUUGGUGAAAGGGCCAUUCGUAACAAUAUCAAGAAACAAUUCGCCGAGAUGAAACGAGAAUGCCACACUUACUUGGGAAACAUUCCCAUCUUGAUGUCGGAGACAGGUAUGCCAUUUGACAUGGACGACAAGAAGGCUUACAAAAACCUUAAAUACCACUCCCAAACAGCUGCAUUGGAUGCUAUCUGUAAUGCCAUCGAAGCCAAUAACUUGAACGUGACCUACUGGUGCUACACAAGUAUUAACAAUCACAAGUGGGGAGACAAUUGGAAUAACGAAGACUUUUCUUUUUGGAGUUCUGACGACAGAAAUCGGCUUAUGGACGAUGACAAUCAAAGUUUGAGAUCUUCCAAGUCAUACCAGCCUUCGUUGUCGCUUUUUUCUUCUAUUGGACAGGCAAGAUCAACUAUCAGAUCCACAAUCAGACAUGUAAGAACAAGGAGAAUUGAAGCAGAUCUUUCUUCUGAAGGUAACAGCUGUAUCUUUGAUAAGACUGCCCACGAUGAAUCCGACGCCCAGUCAGUUCAGGCAUCGUCUGUUAUAUCAGCUAGGUCUGACAACAUGAAGUUCAAACAUGCACGUAAUUGCUUUCCAAGUCCAGAUGGUGUUAGAGCUGCUGGUGCUGUAUUACGUCCUACAGUGUUAGCAACCAAGGGUGAAAUUCAAGUCAUGGAAUUUGACUUGAAGUCAGUUAAAUUUGGUGUAUGUUUAUUGAUCGAUAGAACCGAUUCUGACUUGGCCACAGUGCCGACCAUUAUCCAUCUUCCCAAGUGGCACUAUCCCUUCUUGAGCUACAGGGAUAUUUUCAUAUCUUCAGGACAUGUGAAGUACCACAGCGAAUUGGAGUAUUUGGAAUGGUACCACACUGAAGAGGUAGUCAGUGAACUGGAUGAGGCUAUAGAAGUUCCCAUAGCCACAGGCGUCACCAAAGAAUCGUUGAUUAUCAAGAACUACAGUGGAUCCUUAGAUGACGCUGUAGUGUCCGAAGAAAGAGGCAUCUUUCCAUGUGCUGGAGAACUCAGCUGUCCAGUUCAAUAA